GGACUUAUUAAGUCUAUGAGUACAAAAUUUAAAAAUUCUCUUUUUUCCGAUGUUAUUCAAAUAGUAAAACAGGUAAAUAAUAAAAACUUCAUUAAAAAUGUUAAAAACGAAUGGUACCAAGAUAUAUCUGUCGACACAUUGCUGAAUCUAGAGAAAACCUUGCAAGAGAUUGACUUGAAUAUGAUCGAAGAUGUGGACGAAAUAGUUGAAGUAAAGGACAUAGACUUCACACCACCUGAUAUUACUUCAAAGUAUGGUGAUUGGAAAGAUAAAUCUACUGUAAGUUAUGCGGUCCAGUUAAGAAGUAAAAAUAAGUUUUCUAAAUUUAGUAGUUGGUCUAAAACAGAAGAAAUUGGCAUAAAAGCUAAUCCAACAAUUACAGUUCCCCAAGACAACAAUGGCAGAGAGAGGUUAAUAUUCCGAAAAAUCGAUAAUGGUUUAACUCAGUUUGUUGGCGUUGUAAAGAAAACAGAAACAAAAUUUAGAGACAUCGACAGGGAUCUCUAUAAUGCUGCUGGAAGAGGAGAUCAAGACUUAGCUUAUAAUGAAACGGAAUUACUAAUUGGAAAAGGAGCUAAUAUUAAUGUUAUUUUUGAAAAAGGUCGAAAUUUAAUGCACGCUGCAGCAUUAGCUGGUAAUGACAAGGUUGCUACGGAUUUUCUUUUUAAUAAGAUAAACAUUAAUUUUCAAGAUAAGAAAGGGUAUAGUCCACUACAUUUAGCGGCUGAAUCGAAUCAAAAAACUUUUGUUCAAGAGCUCAUUAAGCACAAUGCUGAUGUCAAUACCCAAACAAAAGCAGAUCAGCUGACUCCUUUACAUCUCGCUGCCAAGAAUGGAUUCUUGGAGACAGUUAAGGAAAUACUGGCAAGUAAUAAAUUAAAUGUAAAUGCUGUGGACAGAGCAGGAUUUUCAACUUUGCACCAUGCUACACACAAGAAAGGUAAUGCCAAAAUCGUAAGAGCCUUGCUUAAAAAGGAAGGUAUACAAAUCAGUGCGAAAACAAAAUUAGGCUUAACUCCUUUACAUUUAGCUGCCCUUAAUGGAUUUUCCAAAGUAAUGGAAUCUUUGUACAACAGCACCAAGUUGGAAGAUAUCAAUGAAACGAAUGAUGAUGGUAUGACAGCGUUGCAUUUUGCUGCAAUGUCUGGAAAAUACUUCAUUGUAAAGAAACUACUUUCAAGAGAAGAUAUUGAAAUCAAUAAAGUCACCAUUAAAAAUAAAUGGACUCCUCUUCAUUUUGCAAUAUAUUUCAAAAAUGAAAACGUAUCUUCGCUAUUGCUGAACGAUACAAGGGUUGACAUAAAUUUAUCUGGGAAUGGUAACAUCACUCCAUUUCAUCUUGCUAUUGCUGCUGGACAGUUGCAAACAGCUGAUAGUUUGGCAAAUAAAGGAGCAGAUAAAGAUGUUAAAAUCGAAAAUAAUGGAUUUACUGCUGCACAUCUUGCCAUGAUGCGCAACAAGUCAGACGCAUUACUUUUGUUGAUUAAUAAUAACGCGAAUUUAAAUGCUCAGUCUAACGAUGGCUCCACUCCAUUACAUUUAGCUGUUAAAUAUCGUAAAACGGAUUUUCUCGAUUUGUUGCUUGACGCAAAUGUUAAUGUAAAAUUAACCGACAGUAACGGUAUUUUAGCAAUACAGAUUGCAAUCGAUGAUAUGAACUUAAAUUUCGUGAGAGCGAUUAUAGAGAAAGUUCCAAGUGUAGUUGAUCGCGCAACGAAAGAAGGGAGAUACCUUCAUGAAUUGGCACAUGAAAAAAGUUUUCGUAUUAUGUAUCAUUAUCUUAAAAACAAAGACUCUGCUGAGUACACGAAGUAUUAUGGUUUAGAGCCUCUUGAAGUGUUUAAAAAGUUAAGUGUGAAUGAUCUGUUUAAUAUUGUAUUCAAUCCUAAUAACGAUCCAAAUGAAAAUGAUGAUAAUCAUAAUAGUUUGGUAAAAUUAAUUUACGAAACAGUUGUCUUAAAAUGUAUUGCUAAAGAAGAAGAAGGUACUCCAUGUCCCUAUAGCGCUCCGUUAUCUAGUCGUUUUUCACGCAGCAUAAAAUCAGUCGUUGGGCAGGGCUACGUGGACCCGUUACAUCAUUUUUCCAAAAAUUUCCCUCAAGCCUCUCCUUCAAGCUUGGUUGAAGAUUCCAUUCCAACUAUUGGGGGACAUUCAUCAACAAACGGAAGUUAUUUUUCGACUUCAGCUGAUAAUUUACUUCAAAAUAUUAAUACUAACAAUUUGUUGCUAUUGUUGGAUUUUACAAUCAGAAAACUAAAAAAUGAAAAGUAUACUUCUCUUGGUAGGAGUGAAAAUUCCAGUUUAAGAUCUCGCGUGAGAGCGUUAAAGAUUAUGGAUAAAUUUGAAAAGUUUGUAAAUUCAUUGAGUUUAAUUCCCGCAGAGGAAGGAAUAGACUUGGCUGAAGUUAGCUCUAAAAUGUAUAAAUCGCUGGAAAGUGGAAAUGAUAGCAAAAUUGUGGAUAUUUUGUGCUCGUAUAUGAAAGAAUUUCUCAAGCUUGAAGAUAUUGACAAGCUCAUUUCAGAAGUUGCUCAUAACAAUUCCAAUAUUCAAAAAGAUAUACUUGAAAAUGCUGUUGAUUCGCUAAAAAAAUCUUGUUUGUUUAGUGACAUCGAAAGGAAACUGGAUGUGCAGUCAGAGGCAUUAGAAGAGGUUUCUCGCAAGGUAGGUGAGAUGCUUAUUAAAAUUGAUAACCUUCAGACGCAAAUGUAUCGCGGAUUUCGUAUUGUAAUUGAUACCAUAGAAAAUACAAAAACGCAAGAGAUUAUAACUAAAAUAAAAACUUCUGUUAAAUAUUUCGAAGAAACUAGAGAACUUCUGAACCGUUAUCGUAAAAAGGAAUAUAUCGAGGAAUUAAGCAGUAAGAACAGCGUUUUGCGCAAAUUAGAAGAGUACUCGGACCCAGUAAAUAGCUUAUAUUCUGCUUUAAAUGAGCUCAUACAUAAUGAAAAUAACUAUGCGAUUCCGAAAAAUGAGGCAGAUGAUAAAGCUUUUCAAGCAUUGUUUGCUUUGUUUUAUGGUACUCAGACAUAUUUUUUGGUAAAAGUUUUUCUCAUGAAGCAAUAUGCUUAUAUUGCAAACUACAAUUACGAAAUAGGAAAUUUCGAUACAUUUAAUACGCAAUAUGUAAACAUUAAGUCUUUGAGUACUAAAUUUAAAAAUUCUCUUUUCGCUGAUGUAACCAAUAUAAUAAAACAGGUUAAAAAUAAAAAUCUCCUGAGCAAAGUACAAAAUGAAUGGUACAAGGAUAUUUCUGAAGACGUUUUACUCGAUCUGAAAAAUGAUAUUGAAGCGAUUGACCUAAAUAUGAUUGAUGUAAAUGGAAUAGUUGAAGUAAAAGACGUAGAUUUUGCAGCACCCGAAAUCACCUCACAGUACGGUGACUGGAAAGAUAAAAGACAAGUUAGCUACGCUGUGCAGUUAAGAGAUGAAAAUAAGUAUUCCACAUUUAGUAGUUGGUCAAAACCAGAAGAAAUUGGAAACAAAGCUAAUCCCACAAUUACAGUUCCCCAGGACAACAAUGGCAGAGAGAGGUUAAUAUUCCGAAAAAUCGAUAACGGUUCCACUCAAUUUGUUGGCGUUGUAAAGAAAACAGAAACAAAAUUUAGAGACAUUGACAGGGAUCUCUAUAAUGCUGCUGGAAGAGGAGAUCAAGACUUAGCUUAUAGCGAAAUGCAAUUACUCCUUGACAAAGGUGCUGAUAUAGAUGCAGUGUUUGAUCAAGGACAAACUCUGAUACACGCUGCUGCAAUGAAAGGCAACGACAGGGUUGCAAAGGAUUUUCUUUUCGGGAAGAUUGACAUAAAUUCUAAAGACAAAAAAGGAUAUACUCCCAUGCAUAUAGCAGCUGAAUCGAAUCAGAAAGAAUUCGUACAAGAGUUAAUCAAACUGGGUGCUGAUGUAAACGCACAAACAGAAACGAAUCAGCUUACACCGUUACACAUUGCUGCGAUGAAUGGAUAUUUGGAAACGGUAUCAGAAUUAAUAAAAAGCCCUGUAAUAUCAGUAAAUGCGGCAGAUAAAUUUGGAUUUACAGCUUUGCAUCAUGCAACCCACAAGAGAGGCAAUGCUAAAAUCGUGAAAGCAUUGCUUACUAAUGAUGGCACAAGCAUCAGCGCUAAAACUAAAUUAGAUUUGACGCCUUUACAUUUAGUUUCUAUUAACGGAUUUCCUAAGGUAUUAGAAGCUUUGGUUGAAAAUAGCAAAUUAUUAGAUAUCAAUGAAGCAAAUAAUGAUGGUAUGACAGCGCUCCAUUUUGCAGCAAUGUAUGGAAAAUCCGUCAUAGUCAGGAAACUACUUAUAGUUGCAAAUAUCGGAAUCAAUAACUUGACCGUCAAAAAUCAAUGGACUCCUCUUCAUUUUGCAAUCUAUUUCAAGAAAGGAAAUGUAGCUUCCCAAUUACUGAGUGACGAAAGAACCCAAUUCAAUUUAGCUGGAGGAAACGGCGUCACUCCUUUGCACCUUGCGAUUGCUGCUGGACAAUUGCAAACAGCAGAGAAUUUGAUAAAAAAAGGUGCAGAUAAAGAAGCAAAAAUAACUAAUGAUGGUUCUACUGCUGUGCAUUUAGCUAUGAAGCGACGCAAACCAGACGCAUUAGAAUUAUUAAUCCAUAAGGAGGCAAAUUUAAACGCUCAAACGGAAGAUGGCACCACAGCUCUGCAUUUGGCCUGCAAAUAUCAUAAGUUGGAUUUUCUCAACUUGUUGCUUGACGCGGAUGUUGAUACGAAAAUUGCCGAUAAAAAUGGUAUUCUAGCUAUACAAACUGCAAUUGAUAACAUGGAUUUGAGAUUCGUGAGAGCGAUUGUUGAAAAAAACCCGAGUAUAGUCAGUGAUCAGUUGGGAUCUAUGUCCGUCAAAGAAGGAAUUUAUGUUCGCGCAUUGGCACAUGAAAAAGUUUUUCGACUUAUGUAUCAGUACCUUAAAAACAAGGAUUCCAAGGAAAAUCAAAGAAAAUAUUAUGGUUUAGAACCUCUUGAAGUGUUUAAACAGUUAGGUAUCAAUGAGCUUUGGGGUAUUAUUUUUAAUCCCAAUAAUGAUCCAAAUGAAAACAAUGACAAUUAUCAUAAACGCAUUAAAUUUCUUUACGAAACAGUUAUUCUGCCAUGCAUUGCGGAGGAAAGUAAAGGUACUCCAUGCAAAUAUAGCGCUCCGUUAAAUAGUCGUUUUACACGCAGCAUUAAAUUGAAUGCCAGACAUGAAUACCUGGAACAAGUGCCGCCAUUUUCUAAAACUCCGCAAGCUAGAAUCUCAAACCAAAAAGAUUCAAAUUUGAUUUCUCUGGAGCCAUCGAUGCACAGAAAUGCUUUCUCCAAUUCGGCAAACUUUUUGCUUCAGAAUUUUAAUGCUAAUAGUGUAUUACUAUUGCUGGAUCUAGUAGUAAGGAAAUUAAAAAAUGAAAAGUAUCCUAUUUCUUACAAGGAGGACGACUCUAAGUUGAAAUCUCGUGGGCUAGCAUUAAAUAUCACUGAAAAAUUUGAGAAGUUUGUAAACGCAUUGGGGAGAAUUCCCACUAAAGAACGAAUGAAUUUGGCAGAAGUAAGCUCGAAAAUAUAUAAAGCUCUAGUUGGCGAAAACGAAAGUAAAGUUGUCGAAAUUUUAUGCUCUUACGUAAAGGGAUAUCUUAAGUCUGAGGAAAUCACCAACAUGAUGUCAGCAUUACCACUUGGCUCUUCAAGCCUUCAAAAGGAAACAAUUGAGGACGCCCUUUAUUCUUUAACAGCUUCUUGCAUCUCAGAUCAGAUUUAAAUUUUCUUGCGAUUAUCAAGAUAUUCAGCUUUUUUUUCCUCUGAUUAUUCUUUUGUUGCACCUGUAACAAAUAUUUUUAUAUAAUAAUUUCUUAGGUGGAGGUAUAUUAUGCACAGUUGGAAAACUUACCUCCUUUAAUAGAACCCAAUUAACUAUUUAACGUAUUUUUUCUACAGCCACAUAAAGAAUUAAGAAAGACUUUUACAAGAUUUAAACUGAUAAAAAUUAAAAAAAUGGUAUUUUUCAACAUUUUUUUAAGCUUUUAUUUUAAUAAAAAUUCUUUUCUUCGUUCUCUCUAUCUCAAUCUUCCUAACUAUUCUUCACUAAAAAACUCUUUACAAUUAUUGGUCAGAAACUAUUUUUUUUAAGUUUGUAAAAUGAUUUUUCUAAUAGUUAAUAAUUACCUUUCAAUUAGUUUCAUAAAGUAUAAAAAAUUCAGGUUUUAGUAAAUAAAAUCAAAAUUAACUUUUAUUCUGCCUAAAUGCAUUAAGUCAAAAUUACAUUUUGAGUAGUUAUCUGAUAAUCUCUCUAUCAUUUAUUAUGUAAGAUCUUCUUUUAUUUUUUUGAUAAGCAGCACUAUGUUUUUCCCGCCGACUAGUGGUUAUUUUUACAAGAGUAAAAAACAUAAACAUUGCUUUUUAAUUAAUUUAAAUAAUAGGUAGUUAAUCUUUUUAAAUAUGAACAGUGAUCCAAUAAUAUAAAAGAGUUAUUUUUAAUU